AUGGCGUCGCAGGACUCGGAGCCAGAGGCGGCCGCUGGUGCGCGCACGGCGGGCAUUCACCACUCCGACAUUCUCUUCUCCAGCGACCAGCAAAUGUCCAUGUCGGCGCUCAUGUCUGGGCUGAAGCGCACCACGCUCACCAUCCACAACCGUCUGCGUUCGAUCCAGUCUGACGCCGCGUUCGUCGCACGAGCGGCCAGCGCACUUGGCGGGCCUGGUGACGACACGGAUGACCGCCCCUCGGCAAGCGACGACGAAGCUUCGACGAGGCCGCUGAUUGCGAAUGAGCGCUGCGGGAGCUGGUACGUCCCGCCGGAGAAAAAAGGCGGAAGCGCCUACUUUAAGAGCACGGAUGGGCAUGAGCGGGCGUGGAAGUUUAGCACGAGGCGGCUCAACCUGCACAUUGUCGAGCUGGCAGAGAAGCAUGACGGGGUCAUCGUUGUCGACUCCACGCGGCGGGGGAAGCGCAUGCCCGACGCCCUGUCCACCACCAUCCCCGUGUGGUGCGCCGUGCUCAACCGCGUGCUGCUCCCGCGCCAUGCACUCUCCCAGAAGCUGUUCCUGCCGCCGUCGCUACCUCCCACGACGCACGCGCAGAUUACGGCCCUGCUGCCGGGCUUUGUCGCGUCGCUGGAGGCGCUCGGGCUGACGCUUCCGCGCGGCCUCAGCAAGCCGCUCCGGCCGCUCUGGAUAACGCAGGACUCUGUGCUACCCGAAGACGACGGGGAUCUGAAUAGCCGCAGGACGAUAUUUGACGACUACAGGCCGGUGAUUUGCUGCACGGCGAGCCGGCGCGUCGCGGGCAGCGAGAUGGAAGAGGGCGGGUACAUCCAAGGCGCGGGUGACGACACGGAGAACUGGGCGCAUGGCCUCACGCCGACGGUGUUUUGGGAAAAUGCGGACUUGCUGCUCGAGGCGGCAGAGGCGGAGCUCCCGGCGUUGAUCAAGAGGUUGGCGGAGGAAGAGCAGGCGAAGCGGGCAAGGUCGGGCAGUGAGGCGCAUGUGCGACUUGCGCCUUGCAUCUACGUGUGUCCUGUAUCCGCAGCAGCGAUACCCGGUGGAGAUGACACCGGGGAAUGCCACAUACAGCUGCUUCCGUCGGCAUCGCCCAAGGAGUUGUGGAUUCAAGGCCCGCGAUUAUUGCAGGUCGGGCUGGGGAACAGCAAAGCCGGCAGCCGCAAUCUGCGUCUCGCCCUGCCCGACAUUUGCGCGUUUGCACGGAAAUACAUGAGCGGACCGGCAGACACGGACAGGGAAAAGAAGAUUGUCGUGUCGUGCGACUCGGGAAAGGACUUUUCGGUGGGCGCAGCGCUGGCGCUGUCGUGCUUCCUCUUUGACGAUGCGGGGACGCUGCGUGAUGACGGCGCGCAGGUGCACUUUACAAAGACGCUUGUGAAAAGCAGGCUGGGCGGGCUCAUGACGGCAUUUCCGGCGGGGAAUCCGAGCCGAGCGACGCUGCAGAGCGUGAAUAGCUUUCUGAUGGAUUGGAGAAACUAG